AGAGAAAAGCCAGUUGAGCCAAAACAGGCUGUAACGUGUUAGAUCCCUAACAUCAAAGCUCCAUGCCGCAAUUGAGUGGUUAAAAAACCGCAAAUACCAAAGAUUAACGAAGAGAGAAAUCAAAACAGUAAAGCGUCUCUCAAACUGCUUUAAACAGAUAUAUCCUGUCAUGUCAGAAUGGUCUCGAGGCUUGGUUCACUAGGAGAAUACAGUGGACUCGUUAACAAGCUUUGAGGUGUUUGCUAUCAUCUCAAGCAGAGCGCGUUGUCUUUUUCUUGUGGAGCUCAGGUACUGCUGCCUCCUGCCUGGAGACUUAAUGAGAUAGCAAAAGAACAGCAGCGUGUGUUUAUAAACAAUCGCGUGGUUAGUUAAUUUACAGCGGUAAAAGGCACUCUCACCAGUUAACUGUAAGCUGAUAGUCUAAUUGUGGUGUCAUAUACCACCUAAUUGGAAACUCAACUCUAAACAGAGCUGCAGUUGACACAAGGCAUGUUGAUCAAACUCAUUGCACUACAGGAAAAAAUUAAUCCGUGAAUUGCUCUUGACCUGGGAAAAGGAACUGGGCAUCUGAGAACUGGUAUCCUCAACAGGUUUCCUCUGUGCUGAAACGUUUAGGAUAGUGCUACUGACGCAUGGCUUGUGUACAAGUCUUCGCAUGAUGUGAUGCUCGAUAUUGGUGCGUGUUCUGACAGUUGUAAGGAUUGCGCGCUGGUAGGCAUCGAAGUCAAUCCCUAAAGACAAGAUUCAAGGAAGAUGUACCGUUUUUGGCUUAUCCUUCACAUGCUGUGGAUUACAGUGGCUGUGAAUGCUUUUGACCUCUCACCACCUGGUAACUUUGUGGGUUACGUGACUGGCGAUAGAGGAGUAAAGUUGGCUUGGGAAGUGACAUCUCCAUCAAAUGACACUGUUUUUGAACUAAGAUGGAGGGCGAAUUCCGACGAGUCCUCCAUGGUUGUCUCUGGUACCACAAACAAUGUUACCGUACGUGGUCUUAGAUUAUACACACAGUAUUUCUUUCGUAUACGGAAAGGUUUGGUGAAUGGCACUUGGGGAGGAUUCACAAAAUAUACUCACGUCUGGACACCGGAUAUAUUCUUGGUUACAAAGUUUGUUACAAACGUGCCGAUACAAACAACAGCGUUUUAUACUGUACAGCUGUAUUUGCUUUAGGACUAGAGCUGGGUGGCCUGCAGCCAUACACUCCCUAUUGGAUCACAGUGCUGGGGUAUAACAAUCAGGGAGAAGGACCCACCAGUCAACCACAGCAAGUUUGGACUGAUGAGUUUGUUCCUUCAGUCGCACCUAAAAUAACAUCCUUGACGACCAACUCAACUGCAAUCAGGGUAGCCUGGGAACCAAUACCUGAGGAACACGUCAAUGGAGUGCUCAGAGGCUAUUACGUCAUUUACUGGAGGAUGCCUCGUGUGUCCCAAGACAACCACGUGAUUCAAGUAAACCAAACAACGCUAAACGUGGUCAUAGUGGGGCUUAAAAGGAACACUUCCUAUGGGGUGCAAUUGACGGGGCUGACUCGCGUCAGGGGCUAUAUUAGGAAUGGUGUCCUCAGUCGAACGAAGAAAGUCACCACCAAAUAUGGUUCGAAGGCUCCAAAAAACUUACGCGUUUUCAGUCUUUGUUCCACCUGCUUGACAGUGACCUGGGACCCAGUUUACAUCUCCCCCACAGAUUCUCUAAAAGGGUAUCACGUGACCUAUAGGGGCACAUCAGGAAAGGUUCACACGAAGAAGAUAGGAGCUAGAAAAUCUAUCGCACAGCUGAAGAAUCUUAAAAAGUUUUCUACUUAUACCGUGACGGUCACAGCUAAGACGGAUGAAGGACUGGGAGAUACAAGUGCAUCAGUUACCGUUACCACAAUGGAAGAUGUUCCAAGUCGUGCUCCGCUCUCUACGCGGGUGCGGAGCACUGGGGCACACAGUAUCUUGAUCGAGUGGAGCCCAGUCCCUGAGCAGUACGUACACGGCGUUUUAAGAGGCUAUCACGUGUAUUACAGAGCAAGUCGGCCAAUGAUAAAACGUUCAGUCAGUCAAAUGGGAGUGAUAAAAGCCGUUUCAGUCAAUAAGUCAAUUCAAAGUGUGGAGAUAACGUCUUUAGAGCCGUUUACGCCUUAUGACGUAUGGGUUUCUGCGUAUACUGCGAUGGGCAGCGGUCCUCCAAGUAGACCCGUGACAGUGACCACCGAUGAGGAUGUGCCAUCACGCGCUCCUCGCAUUCUCGAGGUGUUUGCAAAGAGUCCCAACUCAGUAUUUGUCAAAUGGGAACCCAUACCACAACACCACGUGAAAGGAUUACUCCAAGGUUACCACGUGCACUACAGUCAGAUAGACACGAGUUAUCCUGUGCUAAAGAACGUGAUCACUGUAAACGAAUCUGUGGCGCAUGUCACUUUGGACAACAUGAAACCGCUGACAAGGUAUCGUGUAUGGAUCACGGGAUUUACCAAAAAGGGCUCAGGGCCCAGCAGCGAUAAAACAUUUGUUUCCACACCUCAAACAGUCCCAGGCAGUCCUCAGGGAGUCAAAGUCAGUAUUGAAAACCCUCAGAGUGUUCUUAUUACUUGGAGGUCUCACUCAAGCUUCACGAAAUUCGUGACGCGUUACAUGGUUAAAUGGCUUCAUGUGGGUAGCACCGCUGACUCCAGAAUGGACGGUCAUAAGAUUGUAAACGCGGGAAACCCGUACCGGAGAGAGACUCAAGUCGGGGGACUAAAGCCCCAUAACAUGUACUCUUUCAUGGUGCGAGAGGAGACUGGGCAGAACAACUGGGGAAAAUUCUCCGACCCUGUUGAUGUUAUUAUGCCUGAGGAUGCUCCCUCUCCGCCGCGCAGAAUUUCAGUGAAAUACAAAGAGAAAACUCGUUUAGUUCUUCAGUGGCGACGACCAGAAGAAACAAACGGUGUCCUCAGGAAAUACGAACUCCACUUUACCGAUGGCGAUCAGGUUACUAAGACCUACACUGUGGACACUGACGUCGACAAGGAGUAUGUGACGUAUGAAAUGACUCUUCCUGAUGUCGAGGCUGAGUACAAGAUCAAAGUACAGGCUUAUAACUCAAAACAGGGGCAAAUGAGUGACGAGAUAACCGUACAGCAUUCACCCAGUGUUCAGACUUCAGAGGCUCGUGUACCAACCAAAGAACCCAGCUUGUUCAAGUCUAAGUUAGUAUGGAUCAUAGCCGGAGUGGUGGGUUUUGUCUUCCUACUGGUGGUAAUCACAACUAUUCUACUCCUCAGACGAGAUGCUCGACGUUCAAAAAAAAAGGGAGGAGACAUUACCAAACGUACCUUGUCCAUCAUAUCACAGACUGCUCGACCCAGGCGACCAGUUCCUGUGAAAGAGUUGGCAGAGCACUGUGCUCAUUUCCAUGACAAUAACAAUGCGUUAUUUAACGACGAAUUCAAGUGCCUUGAUCGGCUUGCGUGGAAAUCAACGUGGGAGGCGAGUCAGGUCCCACAUAACAGGACCAAAAACCGCUAUUGCAACGUAGUGGCGUAUGAUCAUAGUCGUGUUGUGCUCACAGCCAAGAGAGAUAUCCCCGGAUCUGACUACAUUAACGCCAACUACGUUGAUGGUUACAGUUUCCCAGCCAAGUAUAUCGCAACACAAGGUCCUAUUGAGUCAACGGUGAACGACUUCUGGCGAAUGGUGUGGGAGAAGAAUGUAAAAACGAUUAUUAUGAUAGAAAUGUUGGGGCGAGACGAAGAUUCACCUUGUGAAAGGUACUGGAGCGAGGCUGAGCCCAAAGAGUACGGUCACGUGGCUGUAUCACUUCUUAGUAGUAUGGCUAUGUCAGACUGGACUAUCAGGGAUUUUAUGCUUUGGUCAACAGAUCCUGACAGUGUAGACAAGCGAGAAGUAGUUCAGUAUCACUUCACAUCGUGGCCUGAUCACUCGGUUCCCCGGGACACCAUUGCUUUCUUAAUGUUCCAUCACAAAUUAAAGACAACUCUGGUUGCUGACCCUGGGCCUGUUAUCAUUCACUGCAGUGCUGGUGUCGGACGCACGGGAUCCUUCAUUGCCAUUGACUCGCUGAUGGAGCAAAUGGACACCGAGAAGGUGGUAGACGUGUAUGGCUUUGUGGCGCAAAUGAGAAAACAACGUAACUACAUGGUCCAGACUGAAGAGCAGUAUCGUUUUAUCUACGACGUCCUUAGAGACGCAUCCAUCUGUGGUGUUACAACAAUCACAUCAAGUGAAUUUGGAAGCGAUCUUCUUUGCGUCUCGGGAGAUGAACCUGAGGUAGUCGAGCAAAGAACUCUUGAGUUUGAGAGCCUUCAAGACUAUUCCGCUCACGAAACGCUGUUUAGAGAAGCACUAUUUCGAGAAAACGCAUUGAAAAACCGUUCGCCAGAGAUGUUACCAUUUAAUCACAACAGAGUUUACCUAAAGCCUUUUCCAGACGACCCUUGUUCCGACUAUAUCAACGCCAGCUUGAUUGAUAGCUAUAACGAAGGCGCCGCAUACAUCGCCACUCAAGGGCCCAUGCCGAGCACAGUCAAUGACUUUUGGCGUAUGCUGUGGGAACAGCGGUCAACCGUAGUGGUCAUGCUCACUGAUCUCCGGGAAAAUGGAGUGGAACAAUGUUAUCGCUACUGGCCCGAAGAAGAAGAAGGUUGUGCCAAAUAUGGAAAAAUUCGGGUGACGAAGAUUGACGAGGAGGUUCUCGAGGACCACACCCAAAGAGUCUUUAAAGUGCGGCGUCAUGGGGGCGACGAAAGUCUCGUGGUGUAUCAUUUUCAAUGCCACGGUUGGAAGGAGAAUGGGUUGCCUCGGGCCGAGAGCCUCGUAUACCUACAGCACCAGGUUCACAAGGUGGAGCCUGGGGAGUAUCACAACGGACCAAUCAUUGUUCACUGCAGCAAUGGUGAUGGUCGCACAGGAGUAUUUCUCAGCCUGUGUUUGAGUAUCGACAGACUGGAAACUGAUGAUAACGUGGACAUAUUUAACACUGUCCGAUGGCUUAGAUCACAGAGAGCGGGACUGGUAUCUAGCUUGGAUCAGUACAACUUCUGUUAUGAGCUGAUGAAGAGUUACAUGGCCUGGAGAAUUAGAGCGGCCAUCAAGAAUGAUUAUGUCUGAGGACCAUCUUUCUCUGAAAGAGGCAAUCUUCUAUGGAUGUGGCUCAGCUGUGUUGCUGUGGCACAGAUCUUGGAUCAUUCGCAGAACAUACAUAUAAAUAGACUCUGAAAUUACCAAAUAGUUAGAAAGCCAAACGUGAAUUAGCAUCGUCAUUAUUUCUGUAUUGCGCACAGUUUUGUCAGGUUAUAAUCCUAUUGCUUUCUGUUAGUUUGUGCACAUGUUAGCGAGACGUCACGCACGCACGCAUACGCGAGUAAGGGAAAGCACUACUACCCGCGUGUCUGUUUUCACACGUUUCUUACUCGCGUUCUCGCUAAAAGCCUGUCCUGUAAGCUAGUCAUUGUCCACAAAAACUAAGAGAGUUCGAAACUUUUUCUGGUUAAUCCUCUAGAGAACUUACCUAAGCUAUUGCAGCCAUGUUAAUAUUUCAGCCGAGCGCAAAUUUAUCGAGUGUCCUAAAGCCAAAACAAGAGUAAUCACGGCCGCCAAUAAGAGUAGAGAAUAUCUUAAGGAAUCAAUGAGAACUCAGUGUAAAACAAGCUAACUGCCUGAAGCGCGGGAAAACGCGGGUGAGCCGUUGUAUACAAACUGUAACUUUCUUACCGUGAUAGCAACGUUUUGCGCUUGGUCAUGUCACGCAAUAUGCUCCUAUCCGUUAAAAAUAAGGUUUUUAAGUCUAAAGUUUUUGCCUUCAAAAGACUGAUAAGAUAGCACCAUUAUAAAACAAACUAUUAGAGAAAAAAACUUAGUUGUUAAAUGCUUCAUAUCAUAUAUGUUAACUUAAGUUUUUUGCUUCCUAAGAGUAACAUGACUUGUAUUGUCCCGAUGAAAGGGGUCAUUUUGUUUCGUUUGCGUUCAAGUUGUACAAGAUAAAAGCUAUUUUGGGUUUUACCUUUUAUGCCAUUAUUAUAUUACUCACGCUAAGAUACAUUUUAAAAAUAAACUUUAAAGUUACCAUACAAUAGACAUUCAUUUUCGCAAAAUAAAAUAAGGAACUCAUG